GUGACUUAAGCUUUCAGCUCCCAUCUGAAAUUGUACUUUGCUUUUAUUUGCGAGCUGGGUUUUAGUUGUUGAUUUGUUGCCGCUAUACAAUAUUUGGUUAAUUGUGGAAGAUCUCAAGCUGUGCUCAUCACUGCUCCUGCGAAGGCUGCUGCCAGCUGCUAGAAACAGAGCCUGCUGCUACAGGAUGUACACUAUUCACAGGAGCAGCCUCUCAGCGCUGAUUAUCACUGAAGAGUUCCCAGCUCUCCAUCACUCUGCUCCCUGCACGCAACCGGACUGCCGAGCACGGGGAGGUGACGCUUGUGAUCACCAUGUGGUGAGCAGAAGAAACUCCCCUCUCUUCCACCCUCAUGUCAGGAACCUGCGCUCAAGGAGCGAAGGGGUCUUCUUCAUUGACUUUUGGCUAUCACUCCACCAAAAUCCACUGGAUAUUCUCAAACCAAGCAGACUGAGGUGGCUCAUGUGCAGUGUAGAGCUGAGCGCUGCUGCCAGCAGAAGUGUUGAGCAGCUCAGACAGACUCCUGCUCCUGCAGCAGCCCUGGGCAGCUGCCUUUGCAGCACACAUCUCCCGGACACUGAUGUUUUUUUAACACUUCAUCACAACUAUGCCCUGUGCUGCAGAAAUCCAAUGUUUUUUUUUCCCAGAAUUCUGUGGUCAGUCAAAUUUACCAGAACUGAAUUGGUAAGAGAAGUCAAAGACUACACGAAGGGCUUCAAUAAGUAUAUAGAUGAUGAAAGGAAGUUUAAGGAAAAUGUGGGCCCUGCUGAAGGAGAAGGGGGAGCUGUUGAGGCAGGACAUGAGGUAUUGCAUGCCCUGUCUGCCUCAGUCUUUACUGAGAGACUGGCUUGCAGGAAUCCCAGAGAGCAGGGGGAAAUGCUGGAAAGAUGUACCCUUGGUGGAAAAGGAUCAGGUCAUGGAGUACCUAAGCAAACUGGAUGUACAUAA